AAAGUAAAUAUUCAACGCUUAUCAAAAAUUUAUGAGUAACAAGGUUAGAAGUCUUUUAGAAAAAAACUUUUCAAAUCCAAAUAUGCUACUUUUAACAAUAUUCGACUUAUUAAACCUUUCCAUGUUUUACCUUCUACUCUGGUUUUUAAUAUUUUGACCUCCUUAAUUUUUUCUUCCAUAACAACAACAAGCCAUUUUUUUUGAAAAGUUGUAUAAAAUCAUGUACUGUAAGAUUUAGCAUCGCAUCACUGAAACAUUUCGUGUACUCUCUCGUCUAAAUCAAUUCAGUAAGCUUUCCAUUUAUAAAGUGUCACACUAGUUGAUCAAACUGUCCUCUUAUUCAAAUACUUGCUUUUAUGAGUUUUAAAUCCAUAAUCAUUCGUGAUGUUAGCUUUGUAACUUGAGAUUACCGAAUACAUUAAACCAUAUGGGUCAUCGUGUAAUGUGAGACUAUACUCCAAUAAUUAAGCGAUAGCGUCGUCAUCCCAGCAAUAUAAAAUAAGUUUUUUACUUUUUUUGACAAAUGUUUUUCUUGUAAAAAAUAAUUUAAUUAUGCGCAUGAUAAAUUAAAAAAAAGUGGACUCCCCUAUUUUUUUUUUGUUAUCCUUUUCGGAAUUUAUCAUAAAAGGUAGGUUAAUAAACAUUUUGAAACCGCAUUUCAUUAGUUCUUUCCAAUCAAAACAAAAGUGUGAGUUUUUUUUUGCGAUUCCCUUAUCACGACGGCAAUAAUUGUUUUUUAAAAAAACCGUCUAGGUAACUUUCUUGUUGUAUAUUUAAAUUUAGAACUAUUGAACGCCAAAAUUUUUGUAAGCAAAACAAAUCUGUAAUAUACAAAGGUUUGUCUAGUAGUAAGAAAAAUGUGUUGACGUUUUUCGUAUUAGUAGAAAUAUUCUGUCAUCGUCUCCUUAUUAAUAAACUUUAACAUUUUUGAUAAACUUCUCUAAUCAACUGUCAACUUUUGUGUCCGUUUAUUAUAAGAUACAAGUCAACUCCAUAUUUGUGUAAACAUUGGAGACAAAUAUAUGUCGAGUUUUUUCACUCAACAUGUUUCCUCAAAUACAGGAGAUUCCUUUUGUCAAAAAAAGUCUCCUGAUUCGCAUAUUCAAUAUAAAGAUGUAUUCAUUUAUGUUCCUUUCAUUCACGAAGUAGAAAAAAUAAUACAAGUUCCAGUUAUUUUAUAUGAUCCAGACAAUGUUAGUCACCCCACGCAUUUUUCCUCUAGUUCACAUCUUCGUAAAGAUAGCGAACCCAUACAACGACCAAACGACUUUGGUAAAAUCCUAAAUACAACACAAGAAUUUUUCGACAAUCAUCAGGAGAGUAUAUCAAAACGACAUGUUUUUCGUCGUAACACUAACAAUUCUACGGAAAAUCAGCCUCUUCACCGUUCUUUAAUCCAAAUGUUUUCAUACAAUAAACUUGUAUCUCAACUUUACCGACAAAAUACAAUUCAUCUUCCUCUUGGAUACUUUACAGUCUCCGAUUAUAAAAGACUACAAAGUCUCAAAAAUAAACGGUGGGAAACUCUAUGUUAUCGUCCUGUAAUUCCACAUUCCAAACUAGAUUCGUAUCGACCCGCUUGAGGUAUUUUAGUGGCCUUUUGUUUUUCCCUUAUUUCUAAAAAAAAAAACUUUCUUCUCGACAUUGACAAUACGAUCGACACAUUUCUUUUUCGCGGUCUUUUUUUUUCUUUCGUUUGUCGUCAAGCAUCUUCCAAUCCUUAAUACGUGUUUGUAGUGGUAUACUGAAAUAGCAUGAUUUUCCAAUUUUUUUUGUUUUUCCUAUUGACUACAUUUUUUUAAACGUUUCGGCUAUUUUUAAAUCGUAUUACCAAUUUUUUUUAGACAAAAAGUAUUGUUUCUUUUCCCACACCUGAAAUUUUCUUUUAAACAAUUAAA